AUGCAACCAAGUUGGGUGUUCGUUUCUUCCCUACUUUUGCUAAUCUCGGCCGGAAAAACCGAAGAAUUAGAUGAAGAACUACCGCCCAGGAUCCAACCCAGAAUCUACGAUGGCAAGGAGACGAGCAACGGUCUCUUCGGUGGAAUGGCUGUGCAGGUCUUCUAUAGAACCAAGCUCAUCUGCACGGGAACCCUUCUUACAGAUUUCCACUUUCUAUCGGCAGCCCAUUGUUUUGAUAGAACGACCCUGGAUGGAUACCACGUGGUCGGUGGAAUUACGAAGGAGUUCAGUGGCCAUAAUAAAAACUACAAACGAAACAAGCUCGUUGCGAUUCGAAUUUCUCCGGACUUCGAGAGAGAGGACUUCAUCGGCGAUGUUGCAGUGGUCAAGAUCCUAUUUGGAUUGAGAAGCAAGUACAUUGGCUACGCCCAGGUCUGCAAAUCCCCUUUAUAUCCCAGCGAUAUAGUCACCGUUGCCGGUUGGGGUUACAGUGGCAAGAACCAUGCUGGAUCUCGGAAUACCUUGCGCACCAUGCGGGUCAAUAUUGUGGAAAAAGAUGUUUGCGAGAAAGAACUGGGUCGCUCACUUCCGAAGAAUGUCAUGUGUGCCGGUGGCUAUAAUGGCCAGACUAUCUGCCAGGGCGACUCCGGCGGACCAUUGAUGUUCCGCAAUCAAGUCUGUGGCAUAAGCACGUGGACCUACAAAUGCGGCAACACCUUUAAGCCCGACAUCUACAUGAGUGUUCGAUAUUAUGCUAAAUUCAUCAUCAAAGCUGUUCGGGAAUUGGGAUUUUAG